UUGUUUAGGCCAUCACCACCCACAGAAACGAAGAAACUCGAGCAUCAAGAAUGUCAGAAAUCAUGUACCAUAUGUACACACGAAAAAACCCUCAUCAAUAAUAAACAAGGGCUCAAAAUCUCGAAGGGCAAUCGAAAUGAUAACCAACACGUGUCUGUCUUCCUCCGUCUGCCAAACCUCUGCUGAAAUCAAUUGUCUUUGUCCUGUUUUUUCCGUUAAAGCUCUCUCUCUCUCUCUCUCUCUCUCUCUCUCUAGAACACUCCUCGCAUCCAAGAUUUUGAUCACUAGGUUGGUUUUCUCUGAGUAGAACUGGAAGAAAAGAUGAUACAAGCCCAUGAUCUCUGGUAAGAAUAACUUCUGAAUCGGCUUCUUCUACCCAGAUAUGCUCGAUCCACUUUUGGAAAUACACGCGACAGAAGGAAAACAAAUCCGUCACCAUAAUUAGCUUGCUUCACUGACGCCAUAUAUACAGCUCAAUCCAUCUUAUCUUACCCUGUUAGACUACUCCACUUGAACCGUCCAUAAAGGACGAGCAGCGCUUACUUAUAGUUAUCCAGUAAGAUAGUUGUUUGAUAGAUUGGUCAAUAGCUUAGAUCAGGAUUUAGUUCACCAGAUAGUUAGGAGGACCAGAGCUUGAUUUGUUGCUCAAAAGUGGCGAAGAUGAGCUUGGGCGCAGCCGAGGAUGAUUCGGCUUCAGAGAUCCAUAUCCCAUCUGAUAUAGAUUGGCAUAUGCUCGACAAAUCCAGGUUCUUCUUUCUCGGUGCCGCUUUGUUUUCGGGUGUAUCGGCAGCUCUUUAUCCCAUCGUCGUUUUGAAGACCCGUCAACAGGUUUCUCCUAUUCCAAUUUCUUGUCUCAAAAUGUCCUUUGGCAUCAUGCGCUACGAGGGUUUGAGGGGGUUUUAUAGGGGUUUUGGUACAUCUUUGAUGGGUACGAUCCCGGCUCGAGCGCUUUACAUGGCGGCGCUUGAGGUCACCAAGAGUAAUGUUGGGACUGUCACUGUGAGAUUAGGUUUUUCAGACACUUCGGCCACGGCUAUAGCUAACGCUGCUGCUGGCUUGAGCUCUGCCAUGGCUGCCCAAUUGGUUUGGACCCCUAUUGAUGUUGUGAGCCAAAGACUAAUGGUUCAGGGUUGCGAAAAUAGUGGCAAGAAUAUCGCUCCCCAUAUAAAUUCUAGCAGGUACAGCAAUGGGAUUGAUGCGUUUAGGAAGAUUCUUAUUGCAGAUGGUCCAAGAGGAUUGUAUAGGGGAUUUGGGAUUUCCAUAUUAAUGUAUGCGCCAUCGAAUGCCGUUUGGUGGGCUUCUUACUCUGUUACACAGAGGUUUAUUUGGGGCGGUUUUGGUUGCUACAUGGGUAAAAAGGAUAAGAAUGAGUGCAGUUUUAGGCCAGAUUCGAAAGCAACGGUGGCAGUGCAGGGAUUGUGUGCUGCUAUGGCGAGUGGAAUUUCGGCUGUAAUCACUAUGCCACUCGACACGAUUAAGACAAGAUUGCAGGUUUUGGACGGAGAAGAAAAAAGGCCACUGACGAUUGUGCAGACAGUUAGAAGCUUGGUGAAGGAUGCUGGAUUUAGGGCUUGUUAUAGAGGGUUGGGUCCAAGGUGGGCUUCAAUGUCCAUGUCUGCCACAACCAUGAUUACCACCUAUGAAUUCUUGAAACGUAUGUCUACCAAGCGGCAAGACAGCUUGCCUGCAUGAAUUCAGAUUUAUUUUUCAUGCUUCCGAUAAUGUAAAUUCAUGUUUUUUCCCCCCCUUAAAUUCGCUUUCAGAGUGUUUGAUUCGUAGAUUACUCCUCCUUGCUGUAAAAUUGUAUGGUGUUUGCCCAUCUUUUCUCCUGUAAAAGAAUGAGCUCUGUUCAGAAAAA